AUUUCAAGAUGGCGUCUUCUGCAGGUUCCCCGAAGUUGGAAGAUUUUCGCGAUGACAGGGUUCCCAGAGCUCUUUAUUGGACAAUGGAACAGGUAGCAGAAUGGAUAGAAGGCUUGGGAUUUCCGGAAUAUAAGUCCUGUAUUACCAGUAAUUGUAUUGAUGGUAGAAAAUUAAUUCUAUUAGAUGCUUGUAAAUUACCUGAUAUUGGUAUAACAGAUUAUAAACAUAUAGAGAAAAUUAGAACAUGUUUGAGGGAAUUAUUGGAAUUAGAUGAACCUGAUUGGAAUAGAAGUAUAUCAUUACCACCUAAAUCUGAUAUAGGAAUGUAUUUAGAGAAGAAAAGUCAAAGAGGAAAAAUUAUUGACAAUAUGAGUUUCCAAAAAUACCUACUGACUGUUCAAAAGCUAGAUCCAAAAUGGCAGCCACCAUUAUCUAAUCAGUGCUUGAUAAUGCCAAGGUCAUAGGCUUAACAUAAUGACAAGAAACUUUUAUUUCCAAUUUUACAAUGUGGAGAACAUCAGCAAAUGAGAUAAUUUUUAAUGCCUCACCUAGUUGAUUUUAAUGUCUUCUUACCAGAUUCACUUUGAGCCAGUUUGACAAAUCGGUUGGUGGAUUUGCAUCAAGUCGAGUAUACCAAUCAAAUAUAGUGAUAAUAAGAAAAGUGUAGAAUUUAACAAUAUAACAUCUUCUGCUCUCUUUACAGACAACAAGUUUUAUCAGUUUCAUAUUUGGUUUGAUCUUUCAUCAUUAUACUAUUAUCAAUGAUUACAAUUAUUGCUGAUGCCUAUUGGUUAACCAGUUUUAAUGAUCAGAUAUUAUUUCACUAAUUUAGGGUGUUGUACUGGUAUCUGGUGCUUUGGAUGUUUUUUUUCAGGUAUUUUUCAAUGUUUACCAUAGGUAAACCCUACUGUAAAUAAUAAAGAAGUAUCUCACAAGCUUUAAAAUGUUAUUGCCCUUAUUCUUUCAAAUUUUGGCACUUUGACAUCACAAUUCAAUUCAGCACAGACAAAGUGUAAUUGUUUGUUGUCAGCAGAGGUCAAAUUUCAUCGAAAAUCAAAGAACCAAAAGUUAUGCAGCCCUUCUUUCAUUAUUCAGCUUUAUAACAUUAGUAGGCUUAAAAUUGAUACUUAACAUUCAAGGAAUAAUGAUAAAUAAUUAGAAUGAGUUAAUGCCCUUUUUUUUUAACCUUGAAACAAAGCAUCUUUUUUGAUAUAAAUUUGUGAAUAAAUUUUAAUAUUUCA